AUGCUAGCUGGGCGCCCAGACCUGCACAACCUCAUUUUCAACAAGAUCCCUAUGCACAUGACCCACAUGUCCAAAAAAGUCCUCUCGUUCCAACAAAACCACGAAGGCGUCAUGCUCCGCUUCAGCGACAACACUACCGUCCACGGGGACAUUCUCGUCGGCGCCGACGAAGCCCACAGUAGUGUCCGUACGCAUCUCUACAAGACUCCGGAUGAACAGGGGUUUCUCCCAAAGGGGGAUACCAAGACCAUGAACAAGAGGUAUAUGUGCCUUCUCGUAACCACUCUACCCCAGGAUCCGAAUGAGGAGCGGUACAAGGAUCUGGCGGUGGAGGAUUCGAAAUGCUCGUUCCAUAUUGAUGAUGACUCGAUACCCCUUUACGUGGAUGACGUACACGGUUCCCGGGAACCGGAUCUGUUGGAAUGUUGUGAUUCAAUUGGAGCUUGCUGA